UUGAAUGCAUUUUGCAACUUCUUUGGACGCACACAGCACUUGCCUCUUUCAUUACUUACUGCUUACUUCCUACAUUCUCUCUAAUUCUCUUCCCCUUUAAAUUCUCUUUCUCAAAGGGUUUGCUUCUCUUCCAAUUCCUUCUCCUCUUCACUCACUUAAUCUUGCCGUAGUCAUGAAUCCUUCAGAAGAGUUUUUAGAACAAGGAAUAUCUCAACAGAAUUUGAGGAAGGCUUCAUGCAUGACGGUGGCAACUUUAGCUUAUCAAAGUCUUGGGGUUGUAUAUGGUGACCUCAGCACCUCUCCUCUCUAUGUUUACAAGACCACCUUCUCAGGGAAGCUGAGCCUUCAUGAGAAUGAUGAGGAGAUUUAUGGCGUCUUUUCCUUCAUCUUCUGGACUUUUACUCUCAUUGCUCUCUUUAAAUAUACUUUGAUUGUCAUGUCAGCGGAUGAUAAUGGUGAAGGUGGUACAUUUGCGUUGUAUUCUCUGCUGUGCCGACAUGCGAGGCUAAGCAUUCUACCUAAUCAACAAGCCACAGAUGAAAAGUUGUCUGCAUAUGCAACACAUGGAUCCGUGGAGACAUGGCAGAGCUCUGCUCUCAAGUCAUUCUUUGAGAAACACCCUAGAUUUCGUACUGGCUUGUUCAUUUUGGUUCUUCUUGGGACCUGUAUGGCAAUAGGCGAUGGAGUACUUACACCUACAAUAUCAGUUCUUUCAGCAGUUUCAGGAGUCAGACUUAAGAUCACAGCACUGCAUGAGAAUUAUGUUGUUUUGAUCUCAUGCGUCAUCAUUGUGGGGCUGUUCUCACUUCAGCAUCACGGAACGAACAGAGUUGCUUUCAUGUUUGCUCCGAUUGUCACAGCAUGGCUUCUGUGCAUUAGCAGUAUUGGUAUAUAUAACAUAUUUAGAUGGAAUCCACACAUAUUUCAUGCACUUUCUCCAGUUUACAUGCUGAAGUUCCUUAAGAGGACAGGCAUAGAAGGAUGGAUCUCAUUAGGAGGAGUGGUUCUCUCAAUCACAGGUGUGGAGACAAUGUUUGCUGAUUUGGGCCAUUUCUCUUCACUGUCAAUAAGGGUAGCUUUCUCAUUUUUGGUAUAUCCCUGCUUGGUUCUUGCAUAUAUGGGAGAGGCUGCUUUCCUCUCAAAACACCAUGAAGAUAUCCAGAGAAGCUUUUAUAAAGCCAUACCAGAAGCUGUUUUUUGGCCAGUGUUCAUUGUGGCAACUUUUGCUGCUGUUGUUGGAAGUCAAGCUGUAAUAUCAGCUACGUUCUCCAUUAUAAGCCAGUGUUGUGCAUUGAAUUGCUUCCCCUUCGUGAAAAUCAUUCAUACUUCGAGUAAAAUAUAUGGGCAGAUAUAUAUCCCAGAGGUCAAUUGGAUAUUAAUGUGUCUUUGUUUAGCUGUGACAAUAGGAUUGAGAGACACCAACAUGAUGGGUCAUGCAUAUGGUCUGGCAGUCACUACAGUUAUGUUUGUGACAACCUGCUUGAUGGCAUUGGUGAUGAUAAUCGUUUGGAAGCAAAGGAUAGCUAUUGCAGUUGCAUUCUUAGUGAUUUUUGGAUCGAUGGAACUGCUUUACAUCUCGGCAUCUGUUUACAAGAUCCCAGAAGGGGGUUGGAUUCCUCUAGCACUCUCUUUCAUUUUUAUGGCUAUAAUGUAUAUAUGGAACUAUGGAACGACUAAGAAGCACGAAUUUGAUGUGGAGAACAAGGUAUCGAUGAAUAGGAUCGUGUGUUUAGGCCCUAGCCUUGGCAUGGUAAGGGUCCCUGGGAUCGGUCUUAUUUACACUAAUCUGGUAUCCGGGGUCCCUGCAGUUUUUGGACACUUUGUCACAAACUUACCUGCAUUCCAUCAGGUGCUGGUUUUUGUUUGUGUCAAAUCUAUACAAGUUCCAUACAUUAGCGAAAAAGACCGGUUGAUGAUUAGUAGGGUAGGUCCAAAGGAGUACUGCAUGUUCCGGUGCAUCGUCAGGUACGGUUACAAAGAUCCGCAGCAAGAAAACUACGAUUUUGAGAACCGAUUGGUGUCGGGAAUAGUACAGUUUGUGGAAGCAGAAGAAGAUACUACUUUGAAAACAACUUUUAUAUCAUCAUGUGGAAGAGAGGUAGGGAACAUGGAUAUUGAAAAAUUUGAUGCACAAAACCAGGAUCAUAGUUUCACAAAUUCAAAGUCAAGUGAUAUUUUGGAGACAAAAAUCUGGAAGGGGCAUGAAGGAGGGGCUCCCCUUAAAGAUGAGUCACUGCAUAUACUGAGAGCCAAAGAAUCAGGGGUUGCAUUUAUACUAGGCCAUUCAUAUGCAAAGGCAAAGAAAUCAUCUUCCAUAGUGAAGAAAUUUGCCAUAAAUGUGGUAUACUCUUUUCUGAGCAAGAAUUGCAGGGAACCUGAUGUGGUAUUGAAUGUGCCUCAUACUUCUUUGCUAGAAGUAGGUAUGAUCUAUCAUGUCUAACUCUAACUCCAAUUAUCUCAAUCAUAAGAGAAAUGUAAAUUAUACAAAGGGAAAGAGGGUCCCUUAAAUUUACAUAUGAUGUGUAUACAAAGAGACGGGGCACAAAAUAACUUCUAAUUCUAACAGGAGGCUGCCUUACCCGUUAAGAACCACUUGACAUGAAAAUCCCUUCAAUGGUUUUUUGUUUU